GGGAAAAGGCAUUGCUGCUGGUGGCGGCGGCUCUGUUUGCAGCGGGCGGUGAGCCGCGGCGAUGGGGAAGACGGUGCGGGACCACCUGGUGGAUGCCCUGGAAGACCUGGAGGAGAAAGACAUGAAGAAGUUCAAGAGGAAGCUGAACGAGAUCCGGCUGCAGGAGGGCUUCGGCAACAUCCCCCGCGGGCGGCUGCAGAAAGCCGACGUGCUGGACCUCAGCGACCUGCUGCUCAGCUACUACACCGAGUCUUACGCCGUGCAGGUGGCCGCCCAGGUGCUGGAGAGCAUCCACCUCAAGCGAGAGGCCCAGAAGCUCCGCUUCGUUACCGCGAUCGGAGCAAAGCCAUCUUCCUUAGGAGAGGGUGUUGCUGCACUUCAGAGUAUGACAGACAUACCCAGCUCAGUGCUUGUUGGAGACACCCCCUGUUCAGGGGAGGCUAGUUUUGGGGAAGAACCUUCAUCCAGAACAGCCGCUGAAGGCUUUGCUGGUUGGGAAGCCAUGGCUGCCAACAACUCCCCCUCUGGACUUAUACAGAAAGCCAGAAAGAAGUUGACAGAAGGUCUUUUUCAAAUCCCACCAGGAUUUCUCUUUCAAACAACAGAUUCCCACCUACUCCUCACUCGGGAUGAGUAUUUCUCCCUGAGUCAGAUGAAAGAUCCAAAAGAGCAAGUAGAAAGCUUGAUUGAUUUGGUGCUAAGGAAAGGGGAUCCUGUGCAUGAACAAUUCCUGGACUGCCUGGAAAAUCUGCGGCAUCUCUUUCCUACCUUGCAGCCCAUUGCUAGCUAUCUGGAAGAUGCAAAAGAGCUAUCUUCCUUAAGCAAGGGUGUUGCUGAGACAAUGCUUGCUGGAGAUAUCCCCUGUUCAGAAGAGAUGAGUCUGGGGGGAGAAGCUUCUUCCAAAACCAAAGGGCCAAUGGGUUCAGAGCCAAUAUCUACCUUGGAAGAAAUGAAGGAAGAUUCAAAGAGCAAAAGCCCCGGCAUGAUGGAAGCCUCCUCUUCUGUUAUGAACGAUCUUGAUCCAGAACAGAAAAGAAGAAAAGCACUCCAGGACAUGCUCAGAAAGUUAAACUUGGAGAAGAAUCAAAGCAAGAAAUUCUCCCUGCAAGAAGUCCUAGAAAUCAGUCCAGAGAGUCUCAAGGAAUGCAUUCCCAGUACAAUGGAAGACUUGCCGUGGCAUUUUCUGAGGAAGGUCUUGGCUCUGAAUGUCACAGCCAGGAGCACAAGCCUUCAGAAGGAGACACUGGGUGAUCAAAGAGGAAACAAGGAGAGUAUCUUUCUCAGUAUCAAGAUGGGUGAGAGCGUUUCUGUGAACCCCCUCGAUGUCCUUUGUGCUGUUCUGCUCUGUUCUGACAGUUUCCUCCAGCAGGAGAUCCUUUCCAAAAUGUCCAUGUGCCAGUUUGCUUUGCCUUUACUUCUGCCUCCUUUAGAGACAUCCCAUUGCACCCUGAUGCUGUGGGCUAUGAGAGACAUUGUGAAAAGAUGGAGGCCCCAUUCCCUGGCUGACAUCAGGGGCUUUACAGAGGAGAGCUUGGUGCUCACGUCCAUGCCGACCAUCUCCUUUGUAAGGAUCGGAAGUCUGAGUUUCUCCAAGUCCAAACUCCUGAAUGAGUUUCUCAGUCCCUCUCAACACCACCAUGAUUUCUUUAUGCACCGAGACAUGGAGGGUGGGAACAUCCCUCGGGAAAUUGCUGAUGGCCUAGUAGAGAUAGCCUGGUAUUUUCCAGGAGGGCAGAGGAGUUCAGAUCUCUUCCCAGAACCAGUAGCAGUUGCAAAUCUUCAUGGAGGCAUUGAAUCCCACCAGGCGCAGUUUAGAUUUUUGUCAGAAGUUUCUUCAGCUGUGUUUAUAUUUGCAGAAUGUAUUAGUGAAAAAGAAUAUAUCUUCUUUUCAUCACUGAAGGAAUUGCCAACCAAGUACUAUUUCAUCUUGGAAUAUCAUGACAGAAACUUCAGUGAAACUUCACAUUUUGUAACAGACUUGGCUCUGGUGCUUGAACUCAGCAAUUCAAAUAUACUAGUAAAAGCAGCCAAGACUAAUACAGCAAAAAUUGUAGAACAGCUUCGAUCUACCAUUGGAAGAAUAAUCAGUGCCGAUCCCAAGAGGGUGACCAUUGACGGCAUGGCUGCUGUGGCUCGUGAUCUUUCAUUCCACGUAGAUGAAGACUGCCAAGAAUGUCAGGAUGCUCGUAGAUGUGCAUUAGAAAUCACAGAAGAUGUAUAUGAUGUAGCACUGUACAAGAGAAAAAUGCUGAGACUCCAAGGUGAUCUCUGGAAAAACCUGGCAAUAGUGGAAAAAGAACUGUGCAGGAUGGAAAGACAAGGGGACAUGCCUUCAAAAGAGUACAGAUCUGAACUAGUUCGCCAAUGGAUGCUUCUGCGUCAACAGCGAUAUGAGUGUGAUCUCACUGUAGAUUUGAUAAAGUUCAUCCAUGGCAUCGAAAAUUCAGAGCCAGCAAAAAGGUAUUACUUCUUAAAAUGGAUGAAGUUCAACCUGGACCAGAUUGCUAGGGCAAAUCUUUCCAAAGCAUGGGCCAUGUAUAAAGAGAAAUGCAAGAGUUUAGGAGCUGAAGUCCAGAAGAUAGCAGAGGUAGACCAGCUGAUUUCUUCUUCCUCAUUGGGUGUCGAGCAUUUCAUGAGAGAGCUGGGGCAGUUUUAUGAGGCAGAACAUUUGAUGGCAAGAGAAGGCAAAUUAUCUACAAACAGAAGGCAGUUUCUCCAUUUCCCAAACAUUGCUGCUGACCUUAUGCUGGAAGGAUUUCCUUUAGAGCUGAUUGAUAGAGAUGCUUCCAAUAUCCCCCUGAAGUGGAUAGCUGCUGUUUUGACUCAACUCAAUAACAAACUGAGAAGUCGAUCCAAGAUGUUUGUGAUAUCUGUGCUGGGGGUGCAGGGCACUGGGAAGUCCACCCUUCUCAACACCAUGUUUGGACUGCAGUUUGCUGUGAGCAGCGACCAAUGUACACGAGGAGCCUUCAUGACUCUUCUUAAGGUCCGAGAGAACCUGAUUCAGGAGCUGGGCUGUGAUUUCAUCCUGGUGAUCAACACAGAAGGCUUGAAAGCUCCUGAAUUGGCCAAACUGGAAGACAGCUAUCAACAUGACAAUGAGCUGGCCACUCUGGUGAUUGGGCUGAGUGACCUAACAAUAGUUAACAUGUCCAUGGGGAAUGCCUCUGAAAUGAAGGACAUCUUACAGAUUGUGACUCAUGCCUUCCUCAGGAUGGAGAGAAUUGGGCAAAGACCCAACUGCCAGUUUGUGCAUCUGAACGUCAGUGAUGUUUCUGUUCCUGGCCAAAAUAUGAGGGACAGGAAACAUCUCUUGGAACAACUCACUAAAAUGACCCAGGCUGCAGCAAAAAUUGAAAAACUUGACAAGAAUAUCAAGUUUUCAGACAUCAUGGAUUAUGACCCAGAAAUACACAAUUGGUACAUUCCAGGCCUAUGGCGCGGGGUCCCACCUAUGGCUUCAGUCAACCGGGGGUACAGUGAAAAGGUCUUUGAGUUAAAGAAGUACCUAUUUGAAUUCUUAAGAGACUGUUUCAUUAAAAAGAGUCCCAAAGACAUCCCUCAAUUUAUUGUGUGGAUGAAGAGUCUUUGGAUUGCUAUGAAACAUGAGAACUUUAGUUUCAGCUUCCAAAACAUACUUCCAGAAGAAGCUUAUUGCCAGCUGUUUGCAAAAUACUCUGAAUGGAACUGGGGCUUCUGCAGAGAGAUGCACCUCUGGGUGUUGGAGCAGAAAACUCUGAUACAAAAUGCUUCCCCUGAUGAACUUGACUGCUGGAACUGGCAAAAUGAGCUUCAGCAGAAAUUGUUAUGUGGGGAGCAACAGAUUUUGGAGAGUCUGGACAUAUAUUUCAAAACUGGCAAGGCAAAUCUGCAUCUGAUGGAAAAGGACAGAGCAGAUCUUGUGAAGAGCACCAACUGGCUCAAGCACGAAUUUGAAUGUUAUUCUUACAAUAAAUGUAACGAUGCCCUUAACAUUAAAAAGGGACGGUACAAGAUUGAUACUCUUCAAAUGGAAUACUUGAAAGUAAUUGAAGGAAAAGUUGACAGGCUUCUUGAGGAAUGCAGGAAAGAAGAGCGCAGAUUGGGUGAUCCAGAGCUGAGAAGAGAGUUUGAAAGAAUGUGGACAGAAACAUUGUCAGAAAUAUCGCCUGUUCCUCUAGAGAGACGCCAUAUAUAUUCAGAUAUUGAAUGGUGUUUGAGGAAGGACUUGUCCCAUCGUGGAAGCGCAGUCAACCAAAAAUUACACGCAGCAAAAAGUUUGUUAUGCUACAGGAUGGACAACUUUCAGAUGAAAUCAGAGUAUAUAAAUCCAUCAUUCUGGAACCGUGUGAAGAGCAUGUUUUCUAAACAGGAGCGUUUGGGUAAAGCUGAAGGACUUGCUAAAUCGUUGAUGUCCAAAUGCAUGGAGUACCUUAAUGAAAAGGCCAAUUCAAGAGGGGAUUAUCAUGAAACCUAUUGUGGAGAACUUUUGCAUUUCAUCAGUCAAACGCUUCAAGAAGGUGAGGUUCUGAAACUUCAUACAUCACCUUCCUUUGAAGUGGACCUGAAGCUUCACAUUUUGGGAGAAGCAGCUCAUUUUUUUCAAAAGAUGCAUGAAGAUUUCAUUAAGGAAAAUGAUCCCCGAGUACGCCUGGAGAAACUGAAACCUCAGUAUUUCUCCACUUUCACAGAUCUUUAUUUGGAAAAAGAUGCCCAUCAAACCAGGGCUAAGAAUUUCUGUGACCAGUGCCUCCAUCCUGCCCUGCUGGAUUAUGUCAACAGAAAACUUGGGAUAGCCAUAGUGGAUGACAUUCUCUAUGGCACCCAGUCUGUGGGACUGAGUUUCUUCCUGUAUACAGUUCUGAAGGAGUUUUCGGAAGGGAGAAAUAGCGAGAGUUAUGUGAAAUAUAGGAGAUCCUAUGAAGAAUUAGUGAAGAGCUGGAUCAUGAGAAAAAUAUUGGCGCACUAUGCAGACAAACAGUCCCUGAGGAAUCUGGAGAAGGACAUUCUCUCUGCAAUAGUAGAGAAAAUUAUGGAAAGACUGGAAAACCUGAAGCAUAAAGGUGUUCAAAAGAUAUCAGAAUUUCUGGAAAUGUUUUGCAAAGAAAUGCAGAAGGAGGUGGUUAUUUCUAAGGACAGCCUGGUGGGAAUACAAUUUAAGAACAUGUCUAAUCCCAGCCAGUUUGUUCCUUGUGUUGAAAAAUUUCUUCCUGAUUUGCAAAAGCGUAUAUUAUCUGAGUUUGAUGCCCUGGAACUUCAAUCCAAACUUUCCAAACUGCCUGUGAAGCCACACAAUGAGAUCUUCAAGCAAGUGUUUGGCUGUGAGAAGCGGUGUUCCUUCUGCAAAGCGUCCCGUGAGGCUGAAGGGAGUACCCUCAAGGAGAAUUUUGCAGCUGACCAUCAGCCCUGAAGGACUGGGAAGAUUAAGAUGAGGAAAAAACAAAAAAGCUUAUUUACAAAUCAUGUUCCACUCUUGUGGUUUCCCAGUGAAGAUUCAGAACUGCAGAAACUGAAGAGGAAUGGCAUCCAUACAAAGAUUACCAAGUCUACUAUCCAGAUUGGUGCAUCCAACCAGGUCCUAGUAUCAAUGCUUCUGAUUACUGGAAGUCUGUUUUUAAAGAGUUCAAUCAUGAAUUUGUACAUAAGUACAGAGCUAAGCCAGCAGAUCUGCCAGGGGAUUGGAUGUAAAAAUGCCAAGCCAGCCAGAACUGCAUUCCUGCUUUUAAAAAGCCCUGUUUAUCGUAAGGCUUUAAAAGAAACCUCUGUGUAUGUGUGUGUGUAUACACACACACUUUUAUGUUGAUAUGUAUUGUGGAGUCAUAUAUUUGACAUGAAUUUUCUUACAAACUCAUGCAUUAUUUAAGAAACAUCCGUAAUAUUUGUAUAACUGCCCAUAUAUUAUGUAAUUAUAAUCAAAAUUACUUAACAAUGUUUUCCCCUAUUCCCAUUUUCCCCUAUUCCCCUAUUUUUCUUUUUUUCUGUAUCCCCACUUAAAUUUUAAAAAUUUCUAAUUUAAAUUAAGGAAUUGAUGACCUGUACCUUCCUGCUGCAUUUCAUGUGAAAGUUUAUUGACUCUUUCUAUUGCCUUCUGUUCCCCUCCCCCAUCCUUCCUCCAGAGAUUCGUGCACCUUAAUGGCCACUGCACUGCAUUACAAAGUUUUCAUCUGGAAAGCAGCUUGUGCCAGUCAGCAGUGCACACUGAAUCAAGCUCAUGCAUUUUCAUAGAGUUAGCUGGAUUGCAACCUGUCUCUUCCUCCCUUAUCUCUUUUUGUGAAAUCGCAAGAUUGGUUAUAACUUUCUGCACCCUUGUGCAUAAAACUAGCUGGAAAAAAAUCUCAUUUCUAAACCUUAGCCUGUAGCUAUUACUAUAUUAUCAAUUUUGACUUUUCUCAUGCACUGUAGCACUUUUUGUUUGCAACCAGAAAAUAAAAGAAUUAUCAAUAGCA